CGGACGCCUGCAGCUGGCGCUACUGCCUGGCGCCCGAGGUGACUGGGAGGGCACCAACCAAAACGCCCUUAAAGAGUCUAUAUAUACUUCAGCAACACCCCAGCUUAUGAUUCUACCUGAGGCAGACAACAAAGCACGACAGACUUAGUGACCUACUCAAAUAGGAAGAGCUACAGAUUCACACUUACAGGAUUCUGAAGAGGGCUUCAUCAAACACCAAGGGCAGGCAUGGAGUACUCAAGAAGGACCCUGCUGCACACUCCAUUGUCCGGGCAACCCUCUGGUCCGAGCCAGCCAGUUGCAGAUGGCGGGGCUCCUGGAAGCAACUUCGAUGCCAACGUCGUCACGAUCCUGGCCGUUCUUCUGUGCGCACUGAUCUGCGCGCUCGGGCUGAAUUCGAUAGUCCGGUGCGCGCUGCGGUGCUCGAGCCGGGUGGUGGUGGAUCCUGAGCCAAACCCAGUGGCACGGUUGGCUCAGAGCGGGCUGAGGAGGAAGGCCCUCCGGGGCAUGCCGAUCCUGGUCUACACGGCUGGGUUGAAGCUCAAUGCUGCCAACCCGAUGUGCGCGAUCUGCCUCUCGGACUUUGAGGCCGGGGAGCAUGUCAGGGUCCUCCCCAAGUGCAACCAUGGCUUCCAUGUCAGAUGCAUCGACCGGUGGCUGUUGGCGCGGUCGACAUGCCCAACGUGCCGGCAGUCCCUGUUUGGAGCACCGCAGAAGACCUCUGGCUGCUCUGAGGCAAGCCAGGCCGGGCCUGCGCCUGCCCGCUCUGUUCUUGUUCCACUCAGACCUGAAGGUUUGGUCACUCCUUACGAUUUUAGAGCCCUAGUUGUUACAUGAAGGAUAAGCGAUUGGAAAAAGUUUAGAACAAAAAUUUGUGUUCCAUAGAUGCUCCUGCCAAUCUGGCUUGUACAUUGUGUAGUCUGUAGUACAAAAAGCUGUACAGAUUUUCUCAGUUUUACUUCUUGUGUUAAUGCUA